CUUCGUUCUCCGUCGGUUGUGUUGACAGGGACACGCAAAAACCGCGACCAUGGGAAAGGAAAAGACCCACAUUAACAUCGUCGUCAUUGGCCACGUCGAUUCCGGAAAGUCUACGACUACCGGACACUUGAUCUACAAAUGCGGUGGCAUCGACAAGCGUACCAUUGAGAAGUUCGAGAAGGAAGCCCAGGAGAUGGGCAAGGGUUCCUUCAAGUAUGCGUGGGUGUUGGACAAGCUGAAGGCCGAGCGUGAGCGUGGUAUCACCAUCGAUAUCACUCUCUGGAAGUUCGAGACGCCGAAGUACUACGUGACUGUCAUUGAUGCCCCCGGACAUCGUGAUUUCAUCAAAAACAUGAUCACUGGAACGUCGCAGGCCGACUGUGCUGUGCUGAUUGUGGCUGCCGGUACCGGCGAGUUCGAGGCUGGUAUCUCCAAGAACGGCCAGACCCGAGAGCACGCCCUGCUGGCUUACACCCUUGGCGUGAAGCAGAUGAUUGUCGGCGUGAACAAGAUGGAUACCACCGAGCCUCCCUUCUCUCAGAGCCGUUUCGAGGAAAUCCAGAAGGAAGUGUCUGCCUACAUCAAGAAGAUUGGCUACAACCCUGCUACUGUUCCGUUUGUGCCCAUCUCUGGCUGGAACGGUGACAACAUGCUCGAGCCUAGCCAGAACAUGCCCUGGUACAAGGGGUGGUCUAUUGAGCGCAAGUCUGGCAAGUCUGAGGGCAAGACCCUUCUUCAGGCUCUCGACGCGAUGGAGCCCCCUACCCGGCCCACGGACAAGCCCCUCCGACUUCCCCUGCAGGACGUCUACAAGAUUGGUGGCAUUGGCACGGUGCCCGUCGGCCGUGUGGAGACCGGCGUUCUCAAGCCCGGCAUGGUCGUCACCUUUGCCCCUGCCAACCUGACCACUGAGGUCAAGUCCGUGGAGAUGCACCACGAGGCCCUCGUCGAAGCCGUGCCCGGCGACAACGUCGGCUUCAACGUGAAGAACGUGUCAGUGAAAGAGCUGCGCCGAGGCUAUGUGUGCGGAGACUCAAAGGACACCCCGCCCAAGUCCACGGAGGAGUUCACCGCCCAGGUUAUUGUGCUGAACCAUCCCGGCCAGAUCGCCAACGGCUACACGCCUGUGUUGGACUGCCACACAGCUCACAUUGCCUGCAAGUUCAGGGAGAUCAAGGAAAAGUGCGACCGUCGUUCCGGCAAGAAGCUCGAAGACAACCCCAAGUUCAUCAAGUCAGGCGAUGCUGCCAUCAUCGACCUGGUGCCUUCCAAGCCCAUGUGCGUGGAGACCUUCACGGACUUCCCACCUCUGGGUCGCUUUGCUGUCCGUGACAUGAGGCAAACGGUUGCUGUCGGAGUCAUCAAGUCUGUCAAACCUAAGGAGGCAUCAGGUGGCAAGGUCACCAAGGCUGCUGAGAAGGCCCAGAAGAAGAAAUAACUAUGGCUGCUUGGCAGGGCCUCUGAAGAGCAGCAGCACGCAUGCUGGCCCCCAGCUGGGAAAAAGCUCCUGGCUCAGUUUUUGGUUACCCUGUUUCUCAACAUUUGGUUGCUGUGUCAAUGUCACCGCAAAGAGUUCAGGAGGAAAAACGUCUGUGCCCCUACCUGUUGAGAUGUUGUCAUUGGGUGUUUCUAUUUUAAAGUGACGCAAAUAAAGCCAAGCUGUACCACCCUGAA